GGUGAUCCCUUGUGCCACUCGUGUGAACCAAUGGGAAGGAAGUGUGAAAGGCAGGGGGAUGCGUCCCCUGGACGUCCCAAGUUGGCAGCCCCUUUCUCCUUUCCUCCACACAUCUGAACUGACCAGCCAAGAAGCCGGACAUGAAACAAACUAGUGGAUUCAUGAUGGUGCUAUGGACUAGUCCACUGCUGUGCAUGCUGCUGCUGGCUGUAUCGUGUCACAGCAAUCCCACUCACUCCACAGAGGAUUUGCAACCUUUGCCACCCAAAGAGGCUUGCGUCAACUGGAUGGGUGGUGCCCCAGGACACCCCGGCUACAAUGGGGCUCCAGGCCGAGAUGGGAGAGAUGGCAUCAAUGGUGAAAAGGGUGAGAAAGGAGAAACAGGUCUGCUGGGUCCCAAGGGUGAUGCUGGUGAAAUAGGUGUUCCAGGAGUUGAAGGUCCCAGGGGAUUUCCUGGACUUCCAGGGAAGAAAGGGGAACCAGGAGAGCCAGCUUUCAGGUACCGCUCAGCCUUCAGUGUGGGGCUGGCCAGCCGACCCCCGGCCCCCAACGUCCCUAUCAUCUUCACCAAGAUUUUCUACAAUGAACAGAACCACUACGAUGUCACAACUGGCAAGUUCCGCUGUAAUUUCCCAGGCUUGUACUAUUUCUCCUACCAACUCACAGUAUAUUUGAAGGAUGUGAAGGUCAGCCUCUUCAAGAAGGACAAGGCAGUCAUGUUUACCUUUGACCAAUUCAAGGAGCAAAAUGUUGACCAGGCCUCGGGCUCUGUACUCUUGCACCUGCAGGCUGGGGAGGAAGUCUGGCUCCAGGUGUACGGAGAUGGAGAGCAUAAUGGGCUCUAUGCCGAUAACGUUAAUGAUUCUGUGUUCAGUGGCUUCCUUCUCUACCAUGAUGCUGAUCAGUUUUGACCAUAGAGACCACUCAAGAGUCUAUCUUAAGACAAUCUAAACGUUCACCACUUUGAUCUCCAUUAUAUAGGAGUUUGGUUUUAUUUUCUAACUGGAGAUACUAAACAUUAUUUAAACAGUUAGUCAUUCCUUCAUUCAUUAAAUAUAUAUAUAUAUGUAUAUAUAUAUAUAUACAUAUAUAUAUAUAUAUUUGGAUUACGUGUAUUUGCUAGAUGCCCAGCCAAGUAUCUGGUGUUAUAGGAGAAACAAGCAAGGGAUGAGACAAUACCUGUAAGUCUCACGGGGAGCUUAUAGUGUAUUUGAGAUUUAAACACCUAAAGAGAUCACUAAAAAUACACGUGCCAAAUAAUCUGGAGAGAGGCAGAGAAAGGUAUUCAUGGCUUCUUUGAGACCUGUAAUAGGAAAUGUUUUUUUCUUCUUCACAAUGGGAAUAUCUGAACAAGUGCCAUUAUGAAUGAUGCCCUUCUCUUUCCCCUUCAGAAAAGGUAGUUUCAUCCCCUGGCCUUGAUUCUCCCAUGGGAUUGAAAACAAUUUUAAGAGAGUUGGCCUCUUUCCACAUUUUUUUAAACUCUUUUCUUCCAUAUGUAUCCAAGAAGAGAGGUAAAGGUGAUGUGAAGGGGGUGAAGUGACUUGCCCAAGGUUACAACAUAGCUAGGAAGUGUCUAAGGCCAAAUUUGAAUACAGGACCUCCCAUCUCCAGACCUGGUUCUCUAUUCACUGAGUCCUCUAGCUGCAUUAUCAUCUUCUAUUCAUAUCCACACCUACCAAAUUUCCCAGAGGCAGAAUUUCCUCCACAAGAUAAUGGAUUGAGAGCUAAAAAGGUCUUGGAGACAACAAGUCUGAUCGCUUUAUUUUACAAAGGAGGAAACAGAGACUCAAUUUUCUAGAUUAAUUCUUUUCUAAAGUUUUCACUAAAGUAGAAGUUGCUAGUGUUCUAUAAAUUUAUAAAAAUGGAUGAUGAUUUUUGCUCACAUUUUGAAUUCUGGAUAAUUGCCAAGUAUACACUUAUAAUGAUAAAACUGCAGCUUUAUCUAUUCUUUGCCUUUAAAAAUAUUUGAUGUUCUCAUUUCUAUAAUGAAACUACCUGGUAUAAAUAAAAGCUUUGAACAUUG